CCCAUUAUUCUCUCGUAACGCGUUGUAUAGACGGUCGCGGAAAAUGUUAAUUUUAUUAAUUAUAUUCGCGUUUAUUUGUUUCAGAAAUACAUAUGCCGAAAAUAAUUUUUACCCACUGUUUCACCUGGCUCCUGAAUUUGGUUGGAUGAACGACCCAAAUGGCUUCUGUAUUUUCAAUAAGGAAUACCAUCUAUUUUUUCAAUAUAAUCCAAAUAGCAGCUAUGUACCUGGUAUAGCGCAUUGGGGACACGCUGUAAGUAAAGACUUGAUACAUUGGAAACAUUUGCCAAUAGCAAUGUACCCCGAUAAGUGGUACGACAAAGAUGGUGUCUUUUCAGGGAGUGCCAUAGUUGAGGGUGGUACGAUGUAUAUAUACUAUACUGGUAAUGUUAACUUACCGAACGAAACACCAGACCAUAAACAAUACCAGGCGCUAGCAACCAGUACAGAUGGAGUUAACGUUAUUAAAUAUGAAAAUAAUCCAAUAAUAAACGGUACUCAACUACAACCCGAUAUAAGAGACCCUAAAGUUUGGAAACAUGGGGAUAAGUAUUAUAUGGUACUAGGAAACUCUUACAAUGAUGGCAAAUUGGGAAGAGCUCUGCUUUAUAUAUCAGAUGAUAGAAUAAACUGGGAAAUGGUAUCAGUUCUGGCUGAAUCGGAUGGUUCUCUUGGAUAUAUGUUUGAAUGUCCCGACUUUUUUGAGUUGGAUGGAUAUUUUGUUUUUUUAUUCUCACCACAAGGUAUAAAACCUCAAGGAAACAAAUAUAGAAAUUUGUAUCAAACUGGUUAUAUCAUCGGAAAAUUUGAUUAUGCAACAAAUAAAUUUACUGUUAUUAAUAACUUUAGGGAGUUUGACCAUGGACAUGAUUUCUAUGCAACACAGAGUCAAUUAGAUGAAGAUGGUAAUCGCGUUGUUAUUGCUUGGUUUGAUAUGUGGGAGGAAAAUUACCCAGAGAAUGCCCAAGGAUUCACUGGACAUAUGACAUUACCAAGGAUCAUUAGAGUUACCAGUGAUGGAAGAUUGAUACAGACACCAGUUAAAAGCAUUGCUUCAGCAAGAGGUCGUAAUAUCUAUUCAGGCAAAAUGAAUAGUGGAGAAAUAGUCUAUCUAAAGGAUAACGUUGGUGAGUUACUGAUAUUAUUUAGGUUUCGUGAUUUUGAAGUUUUAAUUGAAUCAGAUUCAGGAUCAGUUAAGUUGAGUUAUGACUCCAAAAAACGAAUUGUAACCCUUGAUCGUGGUGGUAAUGAUGGAAUACGGAGGACAAGUUGGCGACCAAAAGGUAAGCUUAUGUGGAAAGUGUACAUUGACUCAAGCUCAAUUGAAUUUUUCUGUGCAGAAGGCAAAUUUGCGUUUUCGAGCAGAUACUUCCCAAGUGGCUCAGUGAGAGUACGUUUAGCACCUAAUAGUGAAGCAGAAGAAUUUAUAGUUAAUGAAAUGAAGCGCACAGUUGAUAGAGCUCAUGCUUAAAAUUAGACAAGAUCAGCAUUACAUUUGUAUUGUUGUGAUAGUUAAUUAAAUGAAUGUUAAACAUUGUUUAUAAAAUUUAAAUAAAAUCUGUGUAAAGUGUUCUUCAAGUUUAAAAAAUAAAGCUGAAUAGAAGUGUGA